CGUAAAAAUCCUUGUUUGUUGUAUAGUGACAUCAUCAUGUUURUUCUUUUCCAUCAGUGAGAUCAAUUAGAGCCGCACAGCCAGGUGUCAAUGAGCCAAUUAGUGUCGCGUGGAUAAACGUCACGAGGAAGGAAGCGCGCGGGUUUCUUUGCAGGAUGGAGGGGUUCCUGCCCACGUUUCCUCCCUACAGCAUCUACGGGAACCCUGCGAGCKCUUCCCCGGCCCAGAGCGGCAGCUGGGGGAAGAGAGAGGGCCGCUUCAUGACCCCCCAGGGCCUCAACUACCUGGAGCUCUGCAAGACCAUCCUGUCCCAGGUGAACCCCGGCCUGCCCCCUCUUGCGCCUCCUCCGCUCAGCAAGGCGAACACCAAGGAGUGCGGAGUGCAGGUCAACGCCAGGGUGGAUAAAAUCGUCCAGUGCUCGCUGGGACCCAAGACGCUGCUCUGCUGCGACGAGCGUCCUGCCGCCUCCCCCAGGGCCUCCUGGAGYCCGGAGGAGAAGCCGCAGCUCGGCGUGCGCUUCCCGAGACCCGUGUCCAUCUACUCCCCGGUGUCUGACCGCGGGGUUUGUCUGAAGAGCCUCAGCGACGACGGCUGCGAGCGGGGAGAAGGUGACGCCUCCGAGCACCCAGCCGAGUCCGACUCGGACCACAGCGGUCAGAACUUGGAGAAGAACGUGAGGACCGCUGCUGUCCACCGCGCCUCCAAGGGCUCCAACUUUCAGUUCCUGGAGCAGAGGUAUGGCUUUUUCCACUGUAAGAAAUGUAACAUCCGGUGGGAGAGUGCUUAUGUUUGGUGCAUCUCUGGAACCAGCAAGGUGUACUACAAGCAGCUCUGCCGGAAGUGUCAGGUGGGCUUUAACCCCUACAGAGUGGAGUCCAUCCUCUGCAAGGGUUGCUCUCAGACUUGCUGCGUCUGCGAGAAGAAGCAGAGGCACAUCAACAUGAAGAGGCCCCACCGUCAGGACCUGUGCUGCCGCUGUAAAGGCAUGAGGCUGUCCUGCGACGCCACCUACAGCUUCAAAUACAUCGUGUGAGCGGCGCCGUCUGCCAGGGUUUCAGGUGGUCGCCAUUCGAUUAUCAACAAAACAAAGCAGCACCUGUAGAUUUACCACUUGUUCUCCAUCCAGCAAGAAGCUCUGCUGUGGUGGUUUGUGAUGGUUUCUUAAAAAAAAGUUAAUAUAAAAACACAACCAUGAACUCUGCUGCAUACAACACAGAUAUAUUUAUGUAAAAAAUAAAGUUAAUGAUUUGUAAA